CAUUUAGUAUUUGUUUGGACUUUGUCGUUAGCGGUUCGUUCUCCCGUUCGCUCGUUCGUUCGUUGUGUUUUUUGCGGUUUGCUUUUGAACAAAAUACAAAUAAAACUACACAAAAAAAUAUAUUUAUAAUAAUACUACAUACUAAAUGUAACAUGUAAUAGCAAAACGGUUUCUUACGAAACUCUUGUUUAUAACACGCGUUGAAACAAAAUUACUAAUAUAUUCUCUAUAGAAAAAAAAAAACAAAAAUAAAAUACAAAUUGUUAAACACACAACAAGUGCAAUUUAAUAAUACAAAAAAUACAACACAAACAACAAAGUGCAAAUGCUGCAUUGUAGCUGAACAAGUUUAUAAUAGAUAUAUUAUAGCGAUUUCGAUUCAUUUGUUUUUGGGGGAAAACUAGAGAAAAUAGUUUUCAUCUGUGCGUGUGCAGCAAGUCGCCGCAUGCGGCAUGCUUUAAAAUAGCAACAAGCCAACAUAAAAUAUAGAAAUACAACAACAAAAAAGAAAUUACAAAACGAAGACAAAAAAAUGUGUAAAUAAAAACGCACAUGAAUCCAAACAAUUCACAGUAAAAGCAAACACACCACCAACAACACACCUACACACGCACAUUCACACACACACACACACACUCGCAACGAGAACUAUCAAACAUCAACAACAACAGAGGCGACUUUUAUCAUCAUCAUCAUCAUCGACUGCGCUACGUAAUCAACGGGGGCAGCGCCGUGAAGAAGAGCAAAAGAAAGAGCAACAACAGCAACAGCGACGACGACGACGACGACGUCAGACAAACGUCUACAGAGUGUCUGUCUCUCCCGUCUAGUCUAUUAUAACGCAUGUCCUGCGGUCUGUGAGGAAAGAAGGAAGGAAGAGAGAGAGAGAGAGAGAGAGCGCACAAAAUAUAAUAUUGACUACUGCCUCACUGUCUGAAUACUGCCAGAAUGACUAACUGACAAACUGAAUAAUUGACUGAUUCCGCGCUUAGUUUCGUCUCGGCUCGUCUCGUGUUGUUUCGUCUCGUUUUCUUCCCCAUAAACAACACACCAAAAGCCCGCAUCAAAAAGUGAUUCCAGUUUAACAAUUGUUUCCCAAGUGCUUUUCUAUACAAAUGCUGCUAAAAGUUACAGUGUUUACACAACCUUCCCCUCCCUAUCUACACUAUAAAUAAUACAACCAAAUUAGAAAAAAGAGCAGCAAAUAAAGAAUUAUUGUGUGUUUGUGACAAAAUCAAGAAUUUUGGAUUAUUAACAAAAAAGGCUUGCACAUAAAAACAAACAAACAAUCUCUGUAAAUGGAUUACAACUUUUAUGGAUUAGCAGCUGAAUUGGCACAUUACAUAGAUGCAAAUGCAUUCGAUUAUUAAAGGCACUCGAAGAACGCCAUAAAAAUGUAUUUUGAACGCAAACAAGUGCGUAAAAAAUACUAAAAACGUCUAUACAAAAAAUACCAAACAGAUAAAGAGAGAUUCCUUAAACAAGGUCGCAUCUCUUUUUGUUUGCAACGAGAGCAAAUAAGGAGAAAAAGGAUAUAUCCAAAGAUAUCGGAAGAGAGGAGAGUAUUCGGACCACAGAAAGUGUCCGUGUUAUUUGAGAGACAGUCUAAGGAAAAACAGCAGCACAACGGCGACCAUCGGCUACCCAAUGAUGAAACGACGCUGGUCGAACAAUGGCGGCUUCCUGCGCAUACAGGAGGAAUCCUCCUCGGAGGUGACCUCCUCGAGCAACGGUCUAGUCCUGCCAUCGGGCAUCAACAUGUCGCCCUCGUCCCUCGACUCCCACGACUAUGGCGAGCAGGAGCUUUGGCUGUGCGGCGCCGAUGCCACCAGCGUCUAUGGCAACGUCAACGGCAACACAUUGGGGCAUGGCAAUGCCCAGCAGCAGAGCGUCAUUGCCGUCGCCAUGCACGGCUGCUCCAGCACCCUGCCCGCCCAGACAACCAUCAUCCCCAUCAACAACAACAACAAUACAAAUAACAAUAACAAUAACAAUAACAACAGUAAUGGCUCGAUGAAUGGAUAUGUGGCAGGUGCCACAAAUCUGGGCAAUGGGCAUAUGGUGGGCAGCCUGGUGAAUGGCAUGCAACAGCUGCAACAGAAUGGUCACAGUCUGAUCAAUUCCACAACCCCCACCCCUCUGCACAUGCAACAGAAUGGCCUCAAUGGGGCAGCAGCAGGUGGCAUGGGCGGUGUCGUUGGCAUGAGCCUCAAUGCUCUCCACCACACGAAUGGCAAUUCGAAUGGACUCGGUCCAGGCGGAGGACUCGGUGGCAAUAACAACAAUGGCAACAGCAACAACAACAACAACAGCAUGGGCGGACCCAUGGGCAUGGGCAUGCAACACACGCCGCGCAGUGAUUCAGCAAAUUCCAUUUCAUCAGGUAAUGACACACAACCAUACGACGAAAUGUCACAGCAAAUUUGCCUUUCUACAGGUCGCGAUGAUCUCUCGCCCUCGAGCAGCCUCAACGGUUACUCAGCGAACGAGGGCUGCGAUGCGAAGAAGAGCAAGAAGGGUCCGGCGCCUCGGCUGCAGGAGGAGCUGUGCCUGGUGUGCGGAGACAGGGCGUCGGGGUAUCAUUACAAUGCGCUCACCUGCGAGGGAUGCAAAGGCUUCUUUCGGCGCAGCGUCACGAAGAAUGCUGUGUAUUGUUGCAAGUUCGGGCGAGCCUGCGAGAUGGACAUGUACAUGAGGCGCAAGUGCCAGGAGUGCAGACUGAAGAAGUGCCUCGCGGUGGGCAUGCGGCCGGAGUGCGUUGUGCCGGAGAAUCAGUGCGCCAUGAAGCGGCGCGAGAAGAAGGCCCAGAAGGAGAAGGACAAGGUGACAAGUUCGCCCAGCUCACAGCAUGGCAUCAACUCCAAUUCGGGGCAGGGCAUUGGUGGCGGUGGCGCAGGUGGCAACCACGGUGCCCAUGAUUACGUCAAGAAGGAGAUACUCGACCUCAUGACGUGCGAGGCCCCCCAGCAUGCCACAAUUCCGCUACUACCUGAUGAUAUUUUGGCCGAAUGUCAAGCGCGCAAUAUACCUCCAUUAACGUUCAAUCAGUUGGCCGUUAUAUAUAAAUUAAUUUGGUAUCAGGAUGGCUAUGAGCAGCCAUCCGAAGAGGAUCUCAAGCGUAUUAUGAGUCAGCCCGAUGAGAAUGAGAGUCAGACGGAUGUGAGCUUCAGGCACAUCACCGAGAUAACCAUACUCACAGUGCAGUUGAUAGUGGAGUUUGCGAAAGGAUUACCAGCGUUUACAAAGAUACCCCAAGAGGAUCAGAUCACGUUACUCAAGGCCUGCUCAUCUGAAGUGAUGAUGUUGCGAAUGGCGCGACGCUACGAUCACAACUCGGACUCGAUAUUCUUUGCGAACAAUCGAUCGUACACACGAGACUCGUACAAAAUGGCGGGCAUGGCGGACAACAUUGAGGAUCUGCUGCACUUUUGCCGACAGAUGUUCUCGAUGAAGGUGGACAACGUGGAGUACGCGCUACUCACUGCCAUUGUGAUCUUCUCGGAUCGGCCGGGGCUGGAGAAGGCCCAGCUGGUCGAAGCGAUACAGAGCUAUUACAUCGACACGCUACGCAUUUAUAUACUCAAUCGCCACUGCGGCGACUCCAUGAGUCUCGUCUUCUACGCCAAACUGCUCUCCAUACUCACCGAGCUGCGCACGCUGGGCAACCAGAAUGCCGAGAUGUGCUUCUCCCUCAAGCUCAAGAAUCGCAAGCUGCCCAAGUUUCUCGAGGAGAUCUGGGACGUCCACGCCAUACCGCCCUCGGUGCAGUCCCAUCUCCAGGCCCAGCAGGAGGAGCAGGAGCGUCUGGCGCGUGCCGAGCGCAUGCGCGGCGCCGUCGGUGGUGCCAUCACUGCCGGCCUCGAUGCCGACUCGGCAUCCACAUCCUCCCAAGCAGCCCUGGCUGCGGCGGCGCAACAACAGCAACAGCAUCAGCAGCAACAACAUCAGCAGCUGCACACUCUGCCCGUGCACUCGCUGCCCGGUGGUUCAUCUGCUGUCUCUGCGGUCAGUACCAGCAGUGAUUACAUUGGCGGAGGCGGAGGAGGAGGUGGCGGUGGCGGAGGAGGCAAUAGCAACAGUGCAACCACUGCAGCGGCGAGCUCAUCCACCAGCAUCACAGCGGCGGUGCCGGCGAGCUCAACGACGUCAUCAGCGGUGGCCAACGGCAGCAUGUAUGCCAACGCCCACACGGCCAUGGCGCUGAUGGGCGUGCCCCUGAAGUCGGAGCACUCGACGACCACCGCAUAGCCCCUGCUCGGAGUGGAUCUAGGAGUAGGAGUGGGAGUGGGACUGCUAGGCAGCAUUAUUGAGUGAAUGUGAGGAGGGCGGGGCAGCUUGUAUACAAUACAAUACACACACAUACAUAUAGAUUUCAAAUCUGAACAGCGCAUGAGAAUCGAUUCGCAGAGAUAGAGAUCCCUCAUUUUUUGGAACUUGAUAGAUAAAAGUACGAGAAGUAAGCGUAAAAUGCAGUUAUUUAGUGUUAAGUCUGCAAAUAUUAGACCUAAGACGAUUAUGAAUAUACAAAUAAUGAUACAUAUAGAUAUAUAAAUAUAUAUAUAUACAGCGAUGAUAUAUGUAUAUGUGCAAAGAACUUCUUAACAUACACAACACAAAUGCUUAAACAACAAGAAAAUGGAACACACAUUUAGAAAGGGCGUAGAGUUAUAAAGCAGAAACAAAAAUACCUUAACUGAAGAGAAGAGAAGCGAAGAGAAGAGAAGAGACAAGAGAAUAAUUGAUAAAUUGUAUUAACUUAUGUUUGGGUGACAACUGCAAGCGCCUGCAAAACAGAAGAGAAUAAAGAUUGUUUAUAUUUUAAAAAUAUAAAAAAAAUACACACACCAACCACACACACACACUUAUAAUAAAGAAUAAUGAUAAUAAGAAUGAUUUAAUUAUAAUAGCAGAAGCAAGUGCAUAAUAUGUAAACUAAUUCAAAAGCAGCGACUAAAUUUGAUUUAUAAUUCCCCCAUACUAUAUAAACUAACAACCUAACUAAUAAACAUCAACUUCUAAUAUAAGUUAAAUGAUUCGAAAACAAAACUCUAACUAAAUCUAAAAACAAAAACAAAAAACAAAAAAAAAACAAACAAAAAAAAAACACGCAAAACUUGGACUGAUUUUAUAAAUAUUUUUUUAAUCAUAUUAACUGAAAACAAAACAAAACAAAACAAAAACUGUAUAAAAAAUAUAAGUGAAAUAACAAGAACAACAACAACAGGAGAAAACGACAUAUUUUUUAUUAUGCCCUCCUUAUAUUUUUAACACGUGAAUUUACGAAGAACAUUUUUUAAGCGCCGUCGUUUUUUAUACAAUUUUUUUCUCGCAGUUUAUUUUGUAAUUUUCUUGAUUCAUGGAAACAAAUUGGCGUCGUUGUUUUAUAAAUAUAACAAAAUUGUAAAAAUUGUAAAAACAAAAAGUGAUUGGAGUUUUACUCAAAAAGGCAUUAACGGUAUUAAUUAAACAAUUACAAAAAAAAGAAAAGAAAAAGAAAAAACGCCACAUGGAAAACAAAAUGCACUUUUUGCUAAACUAAAUUUGAAUAAGUUUCAAUCACUUGGCAUGCACACUCACAUACACACACACACACACACAUACACCAAAAGACUUCAAUAUUAAUUUGUAAAUUAAAAUUGUAAAAUUUAAAAUGAAUGCAAACUUGUACAUUUUAGACAUUAAAUUUAAAAUCUAAAAACACAAAACAAUUUGGCAAAAUCAAAAUUUUGUUUUCUAACAAAAACAAGAACAACAACGUGCAAACUAUUUAAUUUUUUAUAUAUAUAUUUUUUGGCAAUUUGCUUUAUUUGAAAUUAUGUUAUGCAAUUUAUAUUUUUAAUUUGAAUUUGAAUAUUUUGUUUAUGCUGCUUUUGCUUUUGAUUUUGAUUUUGAAUUGUAAUUUAAAACAAUGAAAGAAAGAAACAAAAACAAAUACAAAUACAAAUUGUUGGCCUUAUUUUAACUUAAAUCAAAUUUAUAUUAAUUUUAGUAGUGAUUUGUAAAAUACGAUGAGAAAACAAGAAAAUAACAUCAAAUAAACAAACAAUAUAUUAAUGUAAAUCCCAAUUAUUUUUUUAAUUGUGUAAAAACGUGGCAGACAUCUUUUUUGAAAUGUGCAAUUCUUUAAUUUUACUAUUAUUUUAAUUACUGUAUAAUUAUUUACGUUAAUUAAAUAUAAUUAUCACAUCCACACACACACACACCAACACACACACACAUACAUACGGACACUCAUAUUUAAGUAAAUUUAAUUUAUAUCCAUUGAAUUUCUUAUAUUGUAAAUGAUUGAAAUCAUUGAAAGAAUCAAACAUAUAAAUAUAUUAACAACACUCUUCAGAAUAGAAAACAGAUACACAGUGAAUAAUUUAAUUAUAAUUAAUCAAAUAAAUACAAAACUUAUAAGUGGAAGAAUCCCCAUUAAAAAUUAAAAACGCAAAAAACACACUCUUAAGUUUCUUCUUUACACAAUUGAUUUUAAUUUUAAGUUUUCUAGUAUGCAUAAAGCGCGUUUAAUUAUUAUAAAUAAUUUGUUUUGUAGUUUUACCUACUACGCUAAUAUGUAUAAAACAAACAUUUAUCAUAAUCUAUAAAUAAUUUUUACUAUUUUACGUAAAUGCAAGAAUGGAGCAUGCAAAAACAAAACAGAAAUAUACAAAAUAUACACAAUAUAUAUGAAAAUAUGUUGAAUGAAAACAGCAAAAAAAAAAAAAAAAACAACUGAAAUUCAAACAUAAACAUAAAUGCAGCAAAUGUGUUUUUAUUUAUUAUUUUCCCCAAUUUUCAUUCGGUUUAUUUUGAUUUAUUGAAGAGAAUGCGACAAGUAGGCAAAGACUCGUUAGACUUAAGCCCAAAACAAAAAAAAAAACUGAUGAUUGAUGAUCGAGUUUGUAUGUUGAUAAAUCGAUCAAAACAUGCGAAGCAAACGGCUGUGAAGUUGGCUUUUCAAAGAUUCUGAGUGUGGCUAUAAAAUGAUGAUGAAAAUGAAAUUGAUAUUGGAAAGCAGGCUAAGUAAAAAAAAAAUGAAAGAUUUCUGUUUGUAAUACUGGGAGAACUGAAAAGGGAUUUUGUGGAAGAGCUUCGAGGAAGGAAACGAACUUUAGUUAUAUUUGUAGUAGUCCAAGUUUUAGUUUUGCCAAUUGGGAAACUAGCAUCAAAAUUGAAAAAGUGAAACACAAGAAAUGAUUUUAAAAUGGGUCAAACUUGAGAGUAGAUCCUUAAAAAUAAUUGAAACAUAAGACGCGCUAUAAAAUAGCUUUAGAUAAUACUAAAACUAAUGAUUUGCUAACAACCUUUUUAAAAUUAAUGAAAUUUCUAAUUUAAUGAAAACAAAAUAUUAUAAUAAUGAUAAUAAAGAAAGAAAGAAUAUUAAUCUACCAGGCUGAUGGCAUGUCAAGUGUGAAUUAAAAUUAAGUCAAGUAAUUUAACCUAACAAAUAGUAACGAAAGAAUACAAUUACAAUUUAAACUCUUCUCGCCCUCGCUAAACGAUUUCUUUAAAAUUUGAUAACACCUAAGCAUACGGAAUACGGAAUACGGAAUACCCGAAUAAUGUGAAAAAUACCUAAGCCUACACCUAAGCCAGUAAUUGUAAAUAUGUAUGUAUGUACUUAUGUAACUCUCGCUCUAUACAAAGAAGCAUUACGACAAGCAACAAAUACGAAACAUACAAAAAGCAACCUGACAAAAUUAUAAUGAUGAACAUAAGAUAUAAAGUAACAACUUGUUGAGAUAUCCAUUCAUUGAAUUGAAACAAACCGAAGUAAACAAAGCAAAGUAAAACAAAACAAAACAAAACAAAUUAAGUGAAAACAAAUCGUUAUGUAGAUUUUUGAAAAUUUUCAAAACCAAAAAAAAAAAAAGAAAAAAAAAGAACAUAAAGAAACAUAAAAACUUUAUUUAAUUUUUAUGCACUGUUUUCUGUUAUGUGUAACUUGUAACUUGUUUUGCCCAUAAAUACAUUUUUAAUCUUAUCCUUAGAUGAUACGAUCCACAAAUAUAACCCAAUUGAGCACACAGCUAAAAAUGAUCCUUAUCAACAAAAAAUACAAAGAAAAUAUGCAAACCAAAAGAAGAGAAAUGAAAUGAAAUGAAAUGAAUGAGAAACGAAUUGAAAUUGAAAUUGAAAUUGGAGUUUUGUGUUCAACUUGUAGAUAUUGAUCCUGAAUUGAAAACUACCUCAAACGAAACAUUCAAAUGAAACACGAUUGAACGGUUUUUGAGCAUUAAUAAUAAACGUAACUACAAGCGAGACCUUAGCAUACAGCGCUAAACCACAAAUAUACUUACACACACAUAAAUACUUACAAAAACAGCAAUUAUUGAAUUUUCUUUUUUGCAUUGAAUUCGCAAAUUCCCAUAACCUCAAAAAUGGUUCUGUUCGAACUCCUGACGCCUUUUUUUCGAGGUACCUGUUUCGCAACACUCGAUGGUUAGCAUAAUGAGUCACACAAAAGAUGUUUCCAAAAACAACAUUUAAUUUCGAAUUAACCAAAGUUAAAAGAUGGAAAACAAAGAUAAAAACCAAUAAGAAAAUUGCUUUUUCAAUCACAUAAUUCAAUAUCUAAAAUCGGAUGCAAAAGGAGUUAAGUUUUAAGUUGUGUAGUUUUCUCACUGCCAAAAUUGAAAGUAAACAAACAAUAUAUUAUUAUUAUUAUACAAAGCAGAUAUAAUCAUACAAAUUUCCGUUAUUAUUAAAUACUAUUUGUCAAAUUUCGUUUGCAAUGUGUAGCAAUCAGUAAUAUACGAGUAAAUAAAUAAUUAAUUAUCUACGAUCUAGUACAUAGAGAUACGAAAAAAAAACAGUUCAAGUCAAUAUAGAUACGAUAAAUAUUGUAAUACAUUUAAAAUACGACUACGAGAAGGCAAAAACAACGCACAUUAUUCAACAACAAAUGCAGUUAGCAGGAAUGAAAAACCCCGGAAAAAAUACAUACAACUUAAAACUGAAUUGAUGGCAUUUUAGUGUUACGAAAUACGAAACAAAAAUACAGCAACAAACAAAAAAAAAAAAAACAAA